CAGUCUUUAAACAAACAAAUAACGCAGACCGGUCACAUUAGUUUGUUGAUAAUCUCUCUCCCAAAUUCAGUUAAAAAAUUAAGUCACAAGUUCGAAAAAAUUAACCUAAAUCGACUUCAUUCAGUAGAUUAUUUAACUUUAUACACGAUGGAGUUCAUAGUGGAAACAUUUUUAUUUGUAACCGUGAUUGGACUUUUGUUUUACAAGUUUGCUACGAAAAAUUACAAGUAUUUCUCACAGCGAAAUAUAGCUCAUGAAAAACCAGUGAUUCUAAUUGGAAAUGCUCUACCAAUUUUGAGUGGAAAAGAAUCACUGAUUGAAAUGCUGAUAAGGCUGCAUACCGAGUUUAAAAAUGAAAAAAUCUAUGGCCUUUAUGGAUGGAGGGAUCCAUAUACUUUCAUUCGUGAUCCUGAACUUAUUAAAAAAAUCACCAUCAAAGACUUUGACAGUUUUGUUAAUCAUGACAAUAAUACUGCCCAGACCCAAUUUACUGAUGAAGCAAUUGCAAAUAUGCUAACCCUGUUGCAAGAUCAAAAAUGGAAAGACAUGCGAAUGACUUUAACUCCGGUUUUCACAGGAAAUAAAAUGCGUAAAAUAUUUCAUAUAAUAAGCCAAUGCACUUAUGAAGCUGUGAAAUAUUUACACGAAAAAACCAAAGAAGGAACAGAAAUCAAUUUGGGAAAUUUCUUCCAUCAAUAUUCCAAUGAUGUUAUUGCUUCGGCAGCAUUUGGGCUGAAAAUGAAAUCAUACGGGAGAGAGGAGAGUGAAUUUACGAAAAUGGGAGCAGUUCUUUUAAGACCCGAAGGACUUGGAGUUAUUAUUAAAUCAAUACUGAUAGCAGUCUUGCCACAAGUUGGUAAGAUUUUCAAGAUUAAUAUACUCAGUACAAAAGCCCUCAAUUAUUUAAAAGGUGUUGUUAGUCAAACAAUUAAACAGCGAAAAGAGAAUAAGAUAAUUCGACAAGACAUGAUUCAGCUUAUGCUUGAAUCCCAAAAGCAUGGAGAGUCUAAAACUGAAGAGAAAACUGAUAACAGAGAAACUGUUCUUACCAACUGGACUGAAAACGAAAUGAUUGCCCAAUGCCUACUUUUCCUAUUUGCCGGGCUUGGCCCGAUGUCGAAUUUGAUGUGUGUUGCUGCUUACGAAUUAAUGAAGAAUCCAGAUAUUCAGGAGAAGCUUUACGAAGAGGUUUCGCAAAUGAAUGAAGAGCUAAAUGGUUCUGAGAUUUCAUAUGAUUUAUUGAAAAACAUGAAGUAUUUGAAUAUGGUUGUUUCGGAGUCACUAAGAAAAUGGCCUUCGGCUCCGUUCUUGGAUCGGGUUUGCAACAAAUCUUAUAAUCUAACAGAUGAUGAUGGUAAAAUAUUGUUAGAAAUGAAGCCUGGUGAUAAAGUUCUAUUUUCGGUGUAUGGCAGUCAUUUUGAUGAGGAAAAUUUUGAAAAUCCUUCAGUUUUUGAUCCUGAAAGAUUUAGCGAUGAGAAUAAGAAAUCAAAUAUAAAACCUUUUACAUAUUUUCCAUUUGGAUUGGGUCCUAGAAGUUGUAUAGGAGAUAGGUUUGGUUUAAUGGUUGCAAAGCUCAUGUUAUAUCAUUUGGUGUUGGAAUUCAAAUUGAGUCCUAGUCCUAAAUCGACUGUUGAUAUUAAUGAAGUAACUAGAGGAUUGCAGUUGAAAAUACCAGAGGUAUUUUGGAUGGAUUUGAUUGCAAGAAACAAAACACCUGUUUUUGGUUAAAUUUUAGUGCUUUUGGUUUACAAUUUUUAGUUAUUUCAAACGAAUUUAGCUUCAAUCUUUAAAGACUAUUUUUCGAGAGGCAAGUUUAAAAGGUGUAAAUAUUAGCACAUACCUUUUUAGCAUGAA